AGAUAAGAGGAUACGAUAACAAAUGAUCAGCCAGGGGAGGCGGCAACUUGAAACAACUCGCACUGUACUUCUCUCUUAGUAUUGUUACGGAACAAAACCAAUCCCUCUUCGCUUUUGGAGUUACAAAUAGAAAGAUAGAAGACAAAUACUUAUUCGGAUUUCGCUCUAUUAUUACCUGAAACUUUCCCGUACAGAACACAAAGCCCUGGGAACGGAAGGCUGUGGUUCUUAUCUGCCAAUAUGGGAAAACCUCGCAUGAUCAUUUUGAUCAGACAUGCUCAAUCAGAGGGAAAUAGUAUGCUCCCAUACUUUCUUUCGUGCAUGAGGCUGACAGCCUUGCUAUGGGUAUCUAGCUAACAUAUUCAGAAAACCGCGAUAUUCACCAAACCAUCCCCGAUCACAGAGUAAAGCUCACUCCUGAAGGCUGGACACAGGCUCAUGAAGCUGGUUUACAACUUCGAAAUCUCCUACGUCCAGAUGACACCCUCCACUUCUUUACUUCUCCCUAUCGACGAACCCGUGAAACUACAGAAGGUAUUCUGUCCACCCUGACCUCUGACUCCCCGAGUCCUUCACCAUUUCCCAGGCAUUCUAUAAAGGUGUAUGAAGAGCCUCGCCUGCGUGAGCAGGACUUUGGUAAUUUCCAACCAUGUAGCGCGGAAAUGGAGAGAAUGUGGCAGGAACGAGCAGAUUAUGGACACUUUUUCUAUAGAAUUCCUAAUGGAGAGAGCGCGGCGGAUGCAUAUGACAGAGUAAGUGGCUUCAAUGAGAGUCUAUGGAGACAGUUUGGAGAUGAUGAUUUCGCAAGUGUCUGUGUUUUAGGUCCGUUUUGCCCUCUGGUCUCUUUAAGCACAAUUUUGACAAGACUGGAUGGUAGUGACUCAUGGGCUCAUGUCCCGCGUUUUUCUAAUGAAAUGGUAUCAUUUCUCAGUGGAAUAUUUCGAAGAUCUCCGAAACGUUAAUCACUGCGAAUUCCUCAUCAUGCGCAAGUCCAACGAUUCCGGAAAAUACAUAUUAGAGAAUCAACUACGCACAUGGUCUCAGCUAAAACAGGAACGCCUUGCAAUCGCCGCCGCCGCCAAAACCUCUCCUUCGACGCCAGAAAAUGGGCAAAUGUCUGAAAAGGAUAAGGAAAAGGAGAUUAAACUGCUGGCGGCAGGGCGCUCCCAUGUGGGGCCUUCCAGCCCUAUACCAACACACAAGCGAUGGGGUGGUUGUCCGAAUGGAUGCGACCAUGGAAAGCAUCACUACAAAAAAGAAAAUUCCAUGCAUGCAAUGCAACUCAACGGUCGUCCAAUCCUCUCAGCGUCUACUUCAUCAACACACAUAGAAACAAUUGCAUCCCGGCGACCAGCAGCACGUCGCUGGCAAUCUUCCUCCGACGAAGACGAGGAUGACCCCAGAGGUAAAGCCGGCCCGCCUGAAUUAGAUGUUCAAAAGAGUCUUGAGGAAACAGUUAGCAGUCCCGAUGGGACACCCAGUUUCAUCAGUCUAGAAGACCGAUUACGUAGUCGCAUUCAAAGUCCCAGUGAUUUGCUUGGCAUAUGCCACGGUGGUAGAGAUGGAGGUGGAAGCGCUAGCGGUGCUAACAGCGACGCCGAGUUCAGCGCAGAAGAAGAUGUUAGGAAAAGGCUAGCGAAGGCACGGAAUGCGAAGAAUACGUUGGGAAUCUCAGUGCUAUCGCGGAAAUUGACAAGAGAAGAAUCAAGUGGGAUGGGAAAGGGGGUCAAGGCUGAUGCUUUGGGGGAUCAAAGUGAUGAUGGAGAUGAUGAUGCCGGUGCACAGAGUGAUGACGGUGGUGAGCCGAGCCCCGAACUCCUUCAAAUUCAACAAGCUGAAAAGUUGGACAAAAGUAUCAAGGGGAGCGUCUACUAAAUCUAAGCUGUGAAUUUCCUACAACGAUGAGAUCGAAAAUCGUGGCUUCGCGUUCUAAAUAUCGGACGAAAAGGUACAAUAGGCAUAGUGUUCGUCGCAUACCAGUCGAACGAAAGAACGAGAUAAAACGAGAACUUUGAUUAUAAUGCACAUAAGAAAAUUAUAUAAUGGAAAGAUGGUCAAAUCUAAAUUUAUAUAUACCACUCAUA